AUGGUCGAAAUAACAAUAGAUCUUGAUAAUAAGGGUGUUCCUUAUAAUUCAGGAAUUGUGGAAAUAAUAUUUUCCCUAUUGCCAUAUAAAGAGUGUGAUGUUAUAGAUAGGAAAACGCAGUACCCAGUCGUAAAUUCUAAGUUAAAAUGUCUUGAAAGCAAAAUUCUAGGAGUGAAAAUAGAAAACAACAGAAUUUUUGAUAAUGUUAAUUACGUUUACGUCUUUUUCUCAACAAUGAAUAAUAAAGUUCCCUUAGUUUUUGGGGUUUCUACUGGAACUGAGGAUAAGGUAGUUUACUAUACAGGGUUCGCCAAGAGACAUGGAACUCACCAACUGUCCUCACUGAAAAAGGUGUCUAAAGAAAAUCUGCUUGACGUUGUUAUUGGGGAAAGUGACAGAGUUAACAAUACCUUGACUUACUUGUUGGAUAAAAGAACAAGUUAUAACAAUAUUAAGGUGACAGCAAUGGAGAAGCAUCAAGCUAGUGAUCCUGAAAUUUUCAAACACACACCAGAUAAGAUAGAAAAAAGUGCCCAUUUACUCAUUCUGUCAAAUUACAAAAAAUCUAUUACUGAACCUGACGUUUCAUCAUUUUUGAUCCCCGAGAUGCGUGUUCAUUGGUACCAAAUAGAUCAGGGUCCGGAAAAGCUAAUUCCCCUAGCAUUUGAUUACACUAUGAAUGAGCUUUACUAUUUUUACACUAGGGAUAAAAACAACGGGAGUAAAUGGACAAAUUUCCUCAACAAUCGUCAUAAUAUUUUAAAAACAACAACCGGAGAGCAAACAGAAAUGAACAAUAUAGAAAAAAAAUUGCCUGAAAAGAUCGAAGAUCAAAAGCCUUAUGGAUUUAAUGCUCUUUUCUUGGGAUUAAUCUUCUAUAUACUAUUUACCAUAGGAUUUUGUUUGCCUCCACUAUAUAAGAUAUAUAGACAUGCAAUGAAAAAAUACAUUGGCAAACGUUCAACAUAUUAA